CUUAAACCUACACGCGAACAUGAAUGUUGUAUGCUAUUUAUUUGUUAUGUAUGCUUUAUUUAAUUUUUCUGAGACCUAUGCAUCUAAAUAUUCCGAGGAAGCUAACAUGAACUUGGACGAAGAGGAACGACCAUUUCGAAUAGCUAAGGUCAACAUGGUUUGGGAAAAAGCCAAAAAGCGUAUUUCUGGGCUGAGGCUUGCUGAGUUGUAUGCUGAUUUGAAAAUACACGACAAGGAACAGCUUUCUCUGAAGAAGUACAAGGCUGAGAACUUGGAUGAAGAUGGACUGAAAGAAGCUGCUGUAAAUACAAAGUUUAGAAAUAUUAUUGACACUUACCAGCUACAAGAACAUUUUAAGACCGAUAAGAGAUAUGUGAACAGUGCCAAUGAUGUUCCACUAGAAACAGAACGUGACACAGUGCCAGAGUUCACAGACAGAAAGUUGCAGAAGAUUUGGAAAAAAGCACUAAUGACUGGUUUUGAUGCUGAAGAGCUUGACAAGUUGAAAGAGGAGUUCUGGCAUCAACAGAUGAAACUAGAUGAGUACAACAAUCUACUGCUGGAGCUUGAUGAAACCGAAGAUACAUCAGACAACUCUAUAGAACGCUUCAAGAAAACUGAAAUGGACCCCAAGUCACUGAAGGAGAAACAUGCUGACAUGAAAGAUGUUCACAAGAAAAUCCGAGAUGGCUACUUAAAGUUGGAGAGCCUGACCGUCAAGAAGGAUUUAGAAUUCCAAGACCCUCGGGUCUAUCAGCUGUGGGCACUUGCUCAGAAAGCAAAUAUGAGUGAAAAAGACUUGGAAUCAUUUAGAAUGGAGUUGAAACAUUUUGAACACAGAAUUACAAAAUACGAAUAUAUCAAAGAACAGGUUUAUUACUCAAAGCAGUCGUUGAAAGAUGUAGGCAAGGACCGAGAGCUUGAAGAUAAGCAUCUAGAGUUGGAAGAAAAAGAAAAACAUUAUGCACUUAAGGUGAAGAAACUUCAUACAGAUCUUAAAAAAAUAGUGGAUAAAGCAAUACAGCAUUCAGAAUUGUGACCUUGAGAAAAUAAUAAGUCUAAUAAAUUUGUUACUUUUGUGAUAGUAUGGUUUGACUGUG